CCCCCCUCGUUCCUUUGCGCUACUGGUCAUACUUGGCCUAUUCUCAAUCCAGGAAUUCUCGCCAUCUUCUCUGCGCAUCGUUUCCCCCCACAUUGCAUUCACUUACACCGCAGGGUGUCGAGUACCCCUACCUAGUUCUACCUCUCCAGAGCUCUCCACUUUACCUUGAUUCAGCUAACUUCCCGGCCAAAGUCUCCCGUCAAGUCUCGGACCACCCCCCCAAUAUUCUCUGCAACUCAAUCAAUCGCCAUGAUGGAUGGCGAAAUUGCUGAAGACGUGAAGCAACCUGCCGGCGAUGUUGCUUCACCCACACCAAAGCCAGCCGAAAUCGCUGAGAUAUCUGAGGCAAUCGACGUCCCAGAUCAUAUUCAAUCCGAGGCUUCUCCUGCUCCUAUUGACGGCCCCCAAGGGGAUGAGACUAACAACGAGGACCUGACCCCACCUCCGGAUUCGCCCAUAGUUGACGACAUUAUGAGUCCGACGACAAGCAUUCCAGUCAACACACUCCAGGACGAGAUUGUUGUCGGAACCAAGGCUCACCACUCUGACGCUGGAAAGACAUCUCCCAUUGGGGUUGCAUCUGAUCAAGAGGAUAUCGAAAUGGACGAAGAGGCCGAUGAACAGUCUGACGAACAGCUUGUUACCUCUCACUACCCAAAGCGCAAGCGUGCUUCCAUUUUCAAUGACCUGAGCGAGGACAAGAUAGAAUCAAGUCUGGUUGAGGAAGAGCAGGGGCGUCGCCUCCCCAAGAUUAGCCGCCCGGCCAGGGCACAUGGAGUAGGUGGUGUGAAGGGAGUCGUCCUUGGUUACUGGCGUGACUCGCCCGUGGCCGACGAGAAAGACAAGCAUGCUGUUAUCGGCUUCAUUGAUGUCCGUGACCGCCUCCGUACUCGAAUCCAACCGACCAACAGGGAAGGCAAGAACAUCAGCAUCGGGUAUCCUCUCCCUCCCGGCCCUGGUGGCAGCUGGGUCACCUUUGAGCGAGUUGCCUUUGAUCCCCAUCUGGUCAACCUCGAUCACUACCAAGUUAAGGAGUACGUCAAGAUUCGAGCCGAGACAGUCGGCGGGGCCGAGACUUCGGAGGAGAGGGAAAUGCUCAAUACAGAAGCCGUGACAGAGGCCAUCCGCCGAGUGCAAGCCCACCCUCCUCCCGAGACUUCUGUUGUUCCGCCGGUUGCCUAUGGACCUCAGAUUCCCGAGCAUGCCCAAAUGUCCAACCGGCCAGAGAGCAAGAAGCGCCGCCUGGCGUCCGGAAUAGGCCUCCCAGUUACCAAUACCACUGCCUCGCCAACCCGGAAUCAGCAACUUGAGAAUAUCUCGAGAAGUCGGCCCACUAGGAUCUUGUUGGGCUUCUGGAAGAAGUCCAGCGCGGAAUCAAACGCGGAUAAGCACGCCGUCUACGGCAUUCUCGGCGCGAAUGACAUGUUCCGAGUCAAGCUCGUCCGCGAGACUCGGGAUGGCCGCACCAUGCUUGGCAAUUUCCCUGUUGGGCCGGGCGGGCUCUGGAUCCACUGGAAUGAGGUGGAGUUUGAGCCUCACCUCCAGCUCCUUUCCCGCAACGAUAUCAAGGAGUAUUGUAGAAUUCGCCAGGCACAGAUGGACGAGGGGGAGUCGCCUAGUGAACGAGGCAAAAACGAGAUCGCCGCUGCUCGUGAUGCACAGCUGCGUGCGCCCCAUAAGCUCCAAGGCAGGCGAGACGGUCCUGCUGGUGGUGCCCCGCCUGCCACGCCGGAGCUCAUCCUGGCCAACGACACCGACCCCGAGGAUAAUAAUACCGAGACCUCGGCUCCGGCUCUAGCCCAAGCUAAGCUCGAGUCUGAGGUCCACGGCCCCCGACUGUCUCGCCGUGAGAAUCCCUCCCGUGCCCGCCACUCUCUUCCCGACGUCCAGCUUCGCGCAGCGAACCGACCUCUCAGUGUCGAUCGUCUUGAGCGCACCAAUUCCCUCGCUCGUCGGGAGAUUGCCCGCGCUGAAGCUGUUCAGAUGCGGGCCGACCAGCGGUCAGCCAGCCGCGGGGCUGCCACCCCGGCCCCGGCUCCCCUAUCCGCCACAAACAAAUCCCUGUUCCAAGAUAACGUUCAGCGCCUAAAUAAGGUGUGGGCUGCACAAGAGGCUCACCGACUCAGGGAUGGCGCUGAGGAUGCAAAGAUCUAUAUGGGAAUCAAGUACGAGCGCAAGCAGAACGGCCCCUUCGAGGGGAAGCUCGUCAGCCAGGGAACCAUCAUCAGCAUCGACGGGGAGGAUUAUGUAGAAUACCGCGUGCUUACGAAGCCGACCUUCUUCUGACGGGACCUGAGCCGUCAUUCUUCAGUCGUCUCAUUCCAUCUUUGGAACGACUGUCGUACUGCUCUCGUCCUUGGCUUUUGGUGGAUAGCUGCAUCCCCUUGCCCCCUUAGCCUUCCGGCUGAACUUGCUCUUUUCUCAACCAAGUCGGACCACGGAACCAGGUGCGUUCCGGGGUUACCUUUUUCUCGGCUGGCUGGACUAUAGAGAUGCUU